CACACUUGAAAAUGUUACUCGUCGCGGUAGCUUUAGUGCUCACUCAGCUAUCCGUUGAGGCUUCAAACUGCACGCUGCAGUUCGAAGCAGUCAAUGUAGCUGCUAAACUUGACCUGACCAGCGGAGAACUGAUCGUGGAACGUGAUGGCAAACCGGUUCAGAAGGUUCUCAUGGGUCGGGACCUACGCACGGUUGCCAUCUACGAACAACUGGAUCGUGGGUUCAAACUGCGCAACACCGACGGAGAAGAAACUGAAUUUACCAUCGAUCUGGACGCAGCGAAUCUUUCACUGUUCACCGUGGCUCGACGGGUCCGACAUCGAUCUCGGAUGGUGGUGGAUUGUGUCCAACUCGGGGAAGCCAACUGGUUCGGAGGACCGAUGCAAUUGAUGCAGUAUUGGCCGGUUCAGAAGCUACGCUUUGAAGAGUACGCUUACAUGAUUAAAGCGGAGGAUAACUGUGCGAUUGCGGAGCGGUACUGGUUGAACUCGCUGGGAUCGUUCAUCUACGUAGAGGACGAAGCUCCGCUGUUUAUCGAUCAGAACUACGGGCAGCCGGGUUUCCUGUGUUUGGAGGUGAAAAAGGCCCUUCCGUACGACAUCCAUGACACUGUAUACUCGUUUAUCUAUCGGAUUGGGGUCAGUAGUGAUGCACGGCAAGCACAUAUGGGUGCCAUCCGAAAUAUUCUGGGGAAGCCUUCCGGUCAUCCGGCGGAAGCUAUGGUCAAAUAUACGACUUGGUCAACUUGGGCGCGUCUUAAAACGAACGUCAGUGACAACGUUUUGUACCACUUAACUGAGGAAAUUUACCGGAACGGUUGGAGGAAUAGUCAGAUUGAAAUCGAUGACGAUUGGGAGAAGUGCUACGGAUCACUGGAGUUCGACAGCGUCAAGUUUCCUCGAGCGAAACACACAAUGAGUGUUCUGAAGUUGAAAGGUUUUCCCAGGGUCACUCUGUGGGUUCACCCGUUCAUCAACAAAGACUGUGAGCCGAUUUACUCUGAAGCGAAGCAGAAGGGUUUUCUAGUUGCCAAUCAUAGUGGACAAACGGAGUCGCAUUGGUGGAACAGCGAGCCGGAUGGGUCCACGCAUUUGGAUUUCACGCAACCGGAAGUGGCGGAAUGGUUCACGCAACGGUUGCAAGCCAUUCGUACUGAACUGGGAAUCGAUGGCUUCAAGUAUGACGGAGGUGAACCCAAUUGGAUGCCACCGGAUCCCGUACUAAAUGGGUCCCGGUCCAAGCAUCCGUGGUUGAUUGCCGAUGGCUACCUUCGGACGGUGGCUAAAUUUGGGAACUUGGUGGAAGUUCGAUCGGCCCGGAGAACUCAGGAUCUACCGGUUUUCGUGCGGAUGAACGGCAAGUUCUCCGAGUGGGGAUGGCACAAUGGACUUGCGACCUUGAUUCCCACACUGUUGAUGAUGAACAUGGUCGGCUAUCCGUUGGUUCUUCCGGAUACGGUUGGUGGCAAUGGCUACUUUGGCCAACUACCGAGCAAGGAGAUGUUCAUACGGUGGCUGCAAGCCACCGUAUUCAUGCCGAGCAUUGAGCUUUCGUUCGUUCCGUGGGAUUACGAUGCGGAGACGGUGCGAAUUUCGAAGAGGAUGACCGAUCUGCACGAAAAGUAUGCCGCCAAAAUCAUGGAGCGCUUCAAGCUGGUAGUGUCCGAGGGGUAUCCGGUGAAUCCUCCAAUUUGGUGGGUCUCGCCGGAUGACACGGAAGCUCAGAAGGUGUACGACCAAUUCAUGCUGGGAGACGACAUCAUAGCCGCGCCGGUUGUUCAAAACAACGUCCGGGCCAGGGAUGUCUAUCUGCCGGACGGGGAGUGGGUGGAUGGCAACAUUGCCACCGUUUACAUCGGACCGAGAUGGGUUCGGAACUAUUCGGCUCCACUGCACGUUCUUCCGUAUUUUCUCCGGAAAGGGGUGAAAUUCUAUUGAAAGUACAUAAAUAGAACUACUUACAGCAUCGAUCAUAGUUA